CUGUCACAGGAUCCCUUACAGGAUCGUAGACGCAGUACUCCUGAUGGACGAGGGGGCGUGCCAGCAGACGAGGCAAAGCGUGGCCUCAAGGGUGGAGAGGAAGGCGAAAGCAGCAGAGCCGACGCACCAGGGGAAGAACAAGAAGUAACGAG